CUCUUUAGUGAAGAGCUUAAAAAGGCAUCAUUGUAUUCUUUCUUCUUCCACAAAUGAUCUUUCUCGAUCUCAUAAGUAUAUAUAUUCCACAAGAAUAUAGCAAUUAAUUAGUAUAUAUAAAUAGGUUAUGCCAUGCCAUUCUUGGUGUGGGCGUUUUGAAUUAUUUUUUUUAAUGAUACCAUAAAGCUAGUGUAUAUAUAUAAGUAGUUUUUUUGAAACACCGUUUUCAAACAAAGAAAGAAAGGGUCAGGCUCGUCAAGGAAGAGCGGCAAGAAGAAUAAUAACAGCAGUUCAGAGAAACCGAAACAGCCUCAGAGAGGGCUGGGUGUUGCGCAAUUAGAGAAGAUUAGAUUACACUCUCAAAUGGGCUGCGCUUUCCUACCUGCUGCUGGGGCGGCUAAUAACCCUCUCCACCAUCACAAUCAUCCUUUCGACGCAAACCACCUCCCUCAUCCUCAUCAGGAGGCCGAUAUUGGAUUGCAGACAGGAUACUCUUCAUCUCCCUCCUCAUUCUCAUACCCGCCCUCCACAUCAUACACUUUCCCAUGCAACCAAACCAUCUUGAUGAGUGCAAGCGAACUGGAAGGAGGAAAUGUAAGAUAUGGAAAUUCUCACCCACUCUCUAAUCCUGGGUGGCAUCAAGGGAUAGUCUACGAGCCCCAGCGAUUUGCUCCAUCGAACAUCACCAGACAUUUCCUCAACCAACACCCCUUAGAGGAGUCGAUUGACAGGAUGGCUAUAAAAGACCGGAGCUAUUUAACCGGGUCGAGUGAUCAGAACUCGGAUUCUCAGGAGGAUCAAGAAAUAGAUUUGGAGCUCAGACUUUCACUUUGAUAAGCCACUUCAAUUAGUAGUCCGCGACAAAAAUGGCAAUUGGGCCAUUGUUUGGAUGGGCCUGACGAUUAAAGAUUUAAAUUGUGUAACAUUGAGGUUCCAUGUAUGACAUAUACCUUCGCUUCAAAUUGCCUUUCAAUGUAGUGUUAUUUUGUGUAGUCGGAGUACUCCGGACUAUAAAUGUACGUACGGAGUACAUUCCAAAAAAAAUACGUAGUAAUGCAAAGACAUCCUUCUAUUCUUAAAAGGAGGGGGAAAAUCGUCCAAAGUUUUUUCCACCUAUCAGCUUAACGAUUUCAGCCGUUGAUCUAUGCAAUUCAAUUAAAUCUACUGACGUUUU